UACUUCCAGUACGGUGCCCUUGCAUCACCCGCACGAACACCCGAACACACUCCGCCAGAUCUUGCAGCAUCGAAACCCUCCUCCUCACGUGGACGUGCGAGAUAUCGUGACUUCUCCACUAAAUCGGCCCCGCUGCCUUCGUUCGAUGCAUCCGACAGUCGGGAUGCCAAUGCUCUUGCAUUCGACGCAAACCGUUUCACGCCAACGCUGCACGCCUCUUUAGUCUCAGAGAUCCUCUCGUUGCGACGAGAGCUCGACUCAAAACAUCAAUUCAUCGACACGCUCGAAGAAAGUCUCAAGACUACAAACACCGAGAAUGAGAAUCUUUCCACCCAACUCCGCGAAAGUACAAAAAAUGCCAGACAGGUGGAACAAAAGUUCAAGCUUCUCGAGAACGGAACCUUCGAUGCAGUCGAGGGCUUACUCGCUGAGCGAGACAAUGUCAAGCUUGCAAAUCAAGAGCUACGGAACAAGUUGGAUGCAGCGAACAAGAGGAUGAAGGUCUUGGAAGAAGAGAAUACUCGGUCGAGAGAGGCAUGGGACAAGGAGAAACUUUCAUGGAAGAACGAAAAGCGACAACUGGAGCAAAAGGUUCACAUCUCCGAGACGCGCUUACGGUCGGUGGUAGAAGAAGUUCGGGCCCACCAUCUUGCUUCUCAAUCUCAGCAGAAGCCUGAUAAUGCAUCGGGCGACAGCGAUGUUGCCAGUGUGCACUCUUUCCGGCGCGCAGGGCACGCCAGAAAUCAAAGUAGCAUGAGCGUCCGGAGCCUCGCACCAACCAUCGGCAGCAUCCGCAGGCCAGCCAUGACUUCUUUGGCCAACGAACUCAACUCAGAUGACGAGGCAUACGAAACUGAAGACCUGGAAGGAGACGAUGAGGAUCUUCCCUUAUUUGCUCAGAACCGUUCUAGUAUCAACUCUAGAACUUCGGCCAUUUCGGAUCGCAAAGCAAAGAAGAUUCUUGGCUUGACACUCAAGAACGAAUCGGAUACCUUGACUGAAGGGGAAGCAGUGCGAGGACCCUCAAUCGAUUCUCUGAGGACCCCGUCUUUCGCGGAACGCUUCAAUAUGCAAAUGGCAAAGAUGACUUUCUCGCGCUCUGCUAGUCCUGCAAGACAGAAAGAUGAAACGGCCGGCGAAGCAUCAAAGACUCUGACAGUCAAUCAGAAUGGGGAAGUCGAAUCUGCCAUGGUACCCAUCGAGCUGAAACCGACAGAACAAGGCCCCCAGCCUAGACGACUAGAUUUGUUGACAUCAGAUCGCAUGGGCGAGGCUCCUAUAAGUCCUCCAGAUACACCACACUAUAUUAUCAAGGGAGGUACUCUGAAGGAGGUUUCCGCGAAGCAGGUCUAUCAAUCAGCUUCGACACAAACCGAAUUCGCUGUUUCUGGCGAUCUGGCAUCCAGAAGAAACGUUGCUAUGGCUGCAGUACAAGUUCUUCCUAUUCCAGCCAUCACAGUCCAACCUCCGAUGUCACCUAGAUUUGGUCAAAGCGUUCUUCCUCCUGGUAUGCGCAGUAGCUUUGCGCAAACCGAGAAAAGCUCCUCCUNNACGCCAAUGCUAGAUGCCGGAGUGCAAACCGAAGAAAUCAGGGUCGACCGGAGACCGGUCAAGCUACCACCUCAUCUAUUGCCAAGCGCCCUGGACACGACUGGUCCAACUGCGGGUCACGAAGUCCAGAAACCCAUAAAACAACGUGUGGGCAUGCAUCGAAGCACCUUUAGCAAGGAUGGUAAUCGUUUGCCUCUGAAGCCCAUCGAACUUCCGCCGCCAAGACUUCGCUCAAUACCUAACGAGAAACAUCAGCACCAGCAAUCAGAGCCCAACUCGUUGCAAGGCACGCCACCACAGUGGUAUACAGAUACGGAUGUCAGUGAUCGAUUGGCCGAGUCCAGUGAUGAUAUGAGAGCUAUCUUUGGAAACAUGCCUGGUAUUGUCCGUCCGAGUGUACGUACACUGUUCAACGGUCCUCCAAAGACUGUACCAGAGAAUCGAGCGGUUUCGCCUGCCAACUUUGUUGCCAACCCAGAGAGACCAUCUGCUUUCGCUCAUGGCAAGAGAGUGGGGUCUGACGGCAGCUCAAAUCAGAGUCGUCCACCUAGCUCGAGGGGAACAGCUCAUUCUGGAAGGGCAGGUCCUUUCUUCAGCUCACAUGAGCGCAACUCAAGCAGACCUAAUACUGCCAGCAGUUAUGGUGCAGUGCCGCCCCCACCUUUCCCAAUUCCAGGCCGUAUGAGCUCAAGGCCUCCUAGCAAUGAAGGCCCUCGAAGCCCAAUCGCACGUGAAGCACAUUCAAUGCGAUCGCGUCGGUCAAGCAAGGAUUCUCGAAUUGGUUCCGACGGUGGCCUUGGAAAGGUGCAAUCGUCUGGAACCAUGAGAACAAACGCUCAUAUGUCUCCAAGACGGAGGAGAAGAGCACUGAACCUUGAACCUAUCAAGUCAAUGGCAUUUGACCAAUCGAGAGACAACUUGCUCCUUCCUGGCAUAGUCACUCCAACACACGAAAACUUUGGCGUGCCGAACGGUCAAUACAUCGUGGACUCUCCAGACUUCGACCAGGAUAGUGCAGUGGAAGAAGAGGAAGAGCAGAGUCAAGACAAUGUCAUUGUUGAUGCCAUAGCAGCCACCAUGGUAGGCGAGUGGAUGUGGAAGUACGUCCGAAGACGUCGCUCUUUCACCAUCGGCGAGUCCCGGGCAGAGCAGACAGAUGAAGGGGCCACCAGCGGCGUACGACACAAGCGCUGGGUAUGGCUGUCGCCGUACGAGCAAACUGUCAUGUGGAGUUCCAAGCAACCAAAUUCAGGUCCGGCCCUACUUGGAAAAGCUGGACGUAAACUGGUGAUUAAGUCAGUGCUUGAUGUCAAAGACAUGACGCCGCUUCACAAGAGCGCUUUACACGAACCUAUCUUCGACAGGUCAAUACUCAUCCUGACACCAGAGCGAGCCCUCAAGCUCACUGCGCCGAACAAAGAGAGACACUAUCUCUGGCUGACAGCUUUGUCUUUCCUUGCACAAUCGGGCCGUGGUCCUCCUCAGGUGCCCCGUCUAUCACCCGAACCCGAGCCUGUACCUCGCAAUGCACAACGUCGACGAUCGUCACUAUUGGCAGGACCACUUCUGCCAACGAAGACGGCCAUCGUACCAGCGCCAGCACACAGUCACGUCAAAGGACAUCAGCGUCUGGAUACGGCUGAUUCCACUGCUCCUCCCAAUAUCUCUAGGCUCGGUGGAGGGNGUCGCCACCAGCGCAAGCGAAGUAGCACAAACCCUCAGCUCCCAGCUGCGACACCGUCCAGCGAGGCUUCCAUGACGGCAUCCUCGGUUUUUGCUCGUAGAGCGUCAAAUACCGCUACCUACCAAACUUCUGCCAGCGGCCCAACUCGUCCCAAUCUCAGACCAGGCGAUCGGGAUGGCUCAGAUCACUCAACAAGGACAGUACGCAUGGAUGCUUGUAUCGGCCGACAGCAUCCUGAAGACCACACGUCUUAUGGCAGACGCAUGGGCGAAAACACUACACUGGACAUGUUUGGCGAAGGCCUGGAAGUCGACCCAUUCGAGGAAUUC